GCAACCAACGAAGCUGACCACUGGCAGGCGUGGUGGGUUGUCGACGGGGCGCCGGCAGCCCAUCAACGAGGCGCCCCUUCUGCUCCACCGGGCGUCGAUGGGCCCCGCUUUGUGAACAGUGCCUGGUGUCUUAUCAGCGAUCCAUCAUAGCAUAUGCAAAGCGGAAACUGAAGCUUUGUUUCAAGGUGGUCAAGACCGCAGCUACUGUGCAGAAGCCAAGGUACCUACAUGCAGAAGCUCCCACGUCGUGCAGGCGUCCGUGAAGAAUGGAGGCCAUCAACGUCACCAACAGCAGCGACAACCUGGUGUCCGUGCGGCAUGACGCUUUGUCGAGGCUGCUCAACGUUUUCCUGUCGGUGCACCUACACUCGGGAGACAUCAACACGUCCGCCCAAGGGUGGCUCGAGAAGGAACCAAAUGACACGCUCCGACUGUUGGCGACGGUCAACGACUCGUCCUCCUCGAUGGCGCCAUGGCCUUCUUCUCCCUCCGCCGUACCAGUAGAGUUUGGCGCGCCCGUGCUGGUAGCGACAGCGGCGCCCCGCGAAGAUGUCGAGUUGCUGCUGUCGGUGAUGUUGACCACCGCGUGCGUCUUAAUCUGCUUCCUCCUCUUGCUGGCCAUCAAGUGCUGCGCCAAUCUGUGCUGCAUUGACUUGCUCUACUGCAUCGCCCACUGCGGACGCCGACCACCCACAGCGAAGCCAGACCCAAAGUCCACAGAGCCCGUCGUUGUGCGAUUGCUGCCAGAUCGCGCCUCAUUGGAGCGGCUUCUGCGCGAUGAGGACAGGACUAAGAAGGAGGCGGAUGCUUCACGCAUCGAAAAGAAGAUGUUCUACUUGCACAGCGUGUGAAACACGGCGGCCGGGCAUUGAGGAUCGCGCAACCGGAACGGAGGGACAGCGCUAAGCUGCGGCACGAAGGCGAUUUUCACAAAAGUGCUGUGCGCAAAACCAUUUACCGGCUGCCAGCCCAAUAUGUGGUUCCUUUCGAUGCCAAAUUUAUUCCAGAGAUAGCCAGCUCACUUUGCUUGGCGAAAAAAAAAAUGUUUGGAAGAGACGGGACAGUACCAGAAAUAACCAUGAAAUAACGGAGCUGGCAUGCUAACUGCAAGGCUAAGCAACUUGUUGACGCACUAAUGCUGUAUUUCUUGUGUUGUGAUAAUUACGAUGUGAUGUAUUCUGCAUGCCUUGCAGAAAUUCGUGCAUAUACAUUCUCGGGCGGUGUAAAUUAACGUCGAUAAAUCUACAUCACCGAUUACCUUAGUCGCGAUAGAUUUGUGGAGGCAUGUGAAAUGGCUUACAGACCACGUAGCGGUUUCCGAAAAUAUGAAAGGAAGGCGAAAUAUUCAAUAUGUGAUAGAAAGCAAUACAAGCAACUAAGAUGAAGAGCACCGAUUUAUUUACUGAUAUGUCAUUUAUUCGACUAAGACACAGGAACACUUACAGGUUUCACUUAUUAUAUGGUGAAAUAUGCAAUUUAUGCCUAACAAUGUCUCAAAUGUAUGCAAUAAAGCAUGCGAUUACCGCA